AGAAGGUCGAGAAGGUCGAGAAGGUACUGAUGAAGGCGUUCUCUGAAAGGGUUCGUAUUCUGAAAAAUUCAAAACCUAAAAUUCGUGUAGGAUCCAAGAAAAGAACUAAGAUGAGUUCAGAUACGUCUAAAGCUAGGAGCGAAGAGUUUCUUAGCGGGGUUGUUGAAGGUAAGAGCUUUUUUCUUGCAGCUAAAUUGAAUCCGAGAGGAACGUAAAGGGCCGAACGAAAACCACCUUGUAGGAAAUAUUAUCUUCUUCGAAAGCUUGCUUUUGUAAACAUAACUUGAUAACUCUUUUCCUUAUCAACUUUUGACAGGUUUCUAUGGAAGACCGUGGACACUUGAACAGCGCAAAGAGUUGUUUUUGAGGUAAAUGAUCUGCAUUAUCGGCCGUGACAUUUGACUUAGCUCGGUUACAGAAGUUUACACAAAAUAAACUUUUAUUUAGACGCUACCUAGUUAACGACGAGUAACUUCGCUCUGUACAGCUGUGAUAAAUGUUCUAAGCGUACUAUUUUUGUAAUCAGACUUCCGUGAUUAAGUAGGAAUGUUUGAGUUCAGGAAAAUCAUCUUCUUCAGCUCGAUUUCAGGUUACACUCAAAGCACUUGCUUUGGAAGCAAUUACAUUUAAUUGGUUUCAAUGUAAGAUAUAUUUUAUAUUACACGGUUUUAUUUUCUGUCGCCCAAGGAUGUAAAGUUAUGACCAUGGUCUGUCUCGUGUAACAGCUUGGAAAACUGUUGUGUAAACAAGGAAUAUUCAUUUAUUUUAAUUUCACAACACUGAAACAAUUGUAUUUAAAAUUGAAUAAUACCCUUACAGUCAGAGGUUGUUUUAUUUCUGACCAAGCCAUAUGUAUAAUCAAGUUUUGUCAUCCAAAACCCUCAAAUGUUUAUUGUGGGGAAAAUGAACAAUUUUGUUGGGUUGUGUGCCUAAACCCUUUACACCCUCACAUCAGUAUGUAUAUUCUCCAUACUGUUCUUUAUACAUGUCCUAAGGUUUUUACAAGGAGAAUUUGUUUACCGAUCUAAAGCUUCUUUUAUUUAUGGUCAUUUCCUUUAUUCUCAUGACCUUAAUGUGUGAUUUAGUGGUGAUAUUGUCAAGAGAAAUUAGAUGCUAGUCAUUCUGAGAGUUUAAAGGUUUUAUACUUUAUGAAGAAAUAGAUAAUAACUAGAAACAUACUUAUCUGGUAGUCAAGGAAAAAAGGAGAAGAAAAAAUACAAAAUAUAAUGCAACUUUUUGCACCUUUCCAGGUUCUGAAUUGCACUGUAUGGUUUACAAACUAAUGCACAUGUCUUAUUAAAAGUAGUCAGUAGUUGGAAAGUGGAACAAAUUUAAUUUCAACAGAUGUUUCCUUGCACUUGCUUUGUUUGAAGUAAAAAAAAGUGUUACAGAUUGUGUGCAUGUGUGUGUGUGUCCUAGUUAUGUUAUUCAUAAAACAAAUGUGACCAGAGAAGCUACUCUGGAUAAUCAAUAAAAUCUGGAUGAUGGAGGUCGGGUUAAUGGAGGUUUGAUUGUUUUCUUUUGUUUUCUAGAUGUAACACAUGAGAUAAAUGAGGCCAAUCUGCUUUUUGUUUGUUAGGAUAAAGAAGCUGGGAAUGAAUACUUACUUGUAUGCUCCCAAAGAUGACCUCAAACACAGAGCACUGUGGAGAGACCUCUAUAGUCCAGAAGAAACUGGUAAAUUAGACUGAGUUCAGUGUCUCCUAAUUAAGUAGUUAUAGGCAAAUUGGUUUCCUUGGAGAGUACUUUCUUGCACUUACCUGAAAGUUCAACAGAUAAUAUCAUAAAUUUAUUACUGAGGCAGUGUUAUAGCUUAGAAAUUAGGCUGCCAGCUAAAGUUUGAAUUAGAGUGGCUCAAAGAUGGCAAACAACAGCAAGUGCAUAACCUCAGAAGUGCUCAUUGAGCUUUACUGAACAAUCGCUUAGCUAAAAUUUCUGCAUUUACUGAAAAGUCCAUUAGCUUCUAAACCUUUAAAUUGCCAGUUCAACAUUCUUCAAAUAAUUCAUCUUAUUUGUUCUUUAUAAUCAUUCACAGAGAAUUUAAAACAGCUUAUUGUAUCAGCAAAGGAAUGUGGUAUAACUCUCUACUAUGCCUUGUCCCCUGGACUUGAUAUAUUAUUUUCAAGCUCUAGAGACGUACAGCUGCUCAAAAGAAAAAUGGAUCAGGUACAAUUAGUAUUCUUUGUUGUUACUAGAUCUCUGCAAAAUACUUUUUUGUGUCACCGAAACAGUGAUGGAUGAAAAAGAAAAAAAACAGAAAAUUAUUAAAUAGUUCGUAAAAUAUAUUCAGGGGUGUUGGACUUAAAUUAUAGUAUUUCACUGUUUAGUGUCCUUUAGAGGUUUUAGUCUUAUCUAGAUUUUGUUAUCCCCAGGAUCAAUUGCAAGUUCUGUCAUUUACCGUAUUUACCCGUGUACAAGUCGACGAAGUUGAAAGUUUUUUAUCUCAGAUUUUGACCCAUGUAUAAGUCGAGGGUGAUUUUUUGGACCGAUUUUUAGGCAGUAAAAGGUUGACUUAUACACGGGUAAAUACGGUAAGUAUAUUUUAAGUUGGUAAAAGCCAUCCAGGGAUAGAGAAGUUCUGGAAGGUUGUUUCUUUUGCUCAUACAGCAUCAGAAUCACUAGGUGCUAGUGUUGGUAUUCCUCAUGACUUUCUCUUGGAUGCACAUGAGUAGCCCUUUCAAGUACCCUCCAAAGAAGAGUUUUAUCUUGAGUUCCAAUGAUUGUAAGCUGCAUAUUUGCAAGCUUGAGCUUCCUAGAAAAUACAGGCUCAAAACUGAAAACAAGUUAAUUGUACCAUUUGCUCUUCUCUUUUCAGGUGCAGAAGCUUGGUUGCACAGCAUUUGCUCUGUUAUUUGAUGACAUUGAUCCACAGUUACAUGGUGCUGAUCUUGAUGCAUUUAGUUCAUUUGGAGAUGCUCAGGUGGAAAUCACAAAUAAUGUCUACAAACACUUGGGAUGCCCAAGCUUUCUGUUUUGUCCAACAGGUACAGUAAAUCUCUGAUCCACUUCAGAUAUAAGUGCAGGAUUUCUUUUGUUUGUUGUAUUUAACAACAAUAUGAAUUAGUAGCAACAAGUUGUUAUACCAGAUAAGUAACUUUUGCAUGGCAGAAUUGUACAAUCUUCAGGCCAAUAAAUCUUUGAGACACUUAAACCAAACCUUGUCCUCUUAAAGAAGUUUAGUGCAUCUUACCAAUACAGUGUAUGUAAUGACCUUCCCUUUCCUACACUCCCUCCCCACGUCCUUUCCUUUAUUACCUCCCUUGCCCCACUCUAGAGAAAAAGUUGGUGAAGAUGUAAAGGGAAUUUGUGCUAUCUGCAAGUUUUGAGGGUGUUCAGAAAUUGUAACCAUGGUUUUGGAAUGAUGCUGUUUUUUUUUCCUUGUGUAGAAUAUUGUGGCACAAGAGCCAUUCCAUCUGUAGAGACAUCUGACUACCUUAUCACACUGGGAAACAAACUGAACCCAAAGAUAAACAUUAUGUGGACAGGUGACCAAUUUUAUUUUGUUACUUUUCUUAUUUUGUGGCUUUCAUUUGUCUUUUGAUUUAUUAUUGCUGAAUGCUGGUUUUGUUGUCAACAUGUCCUGUUCCAUUUAGCAGUGUUGGUGAGGAACAAAUCCUAUCCUGAUUCUUCUAUGCUUGGUUAAAGGUACAGUUGCAUCUUAGUUUUUCCUUUCCUGCCAGCCAGCCAGCUUUUCAAGAUUUUCUAAAUUGUCUCCAAAUUUGUUCAUGGACUCAUGUGUAAUGUUUUUAAUCUUUCAGUUUAAAGUUCUUCUGAUCAUGGUGAUCCGAAGAAGUUUGAACUUAGUUAACACAGAACAAAAGUCCUCCUUUAAACAAACUAAAGAAAGAGCUCAAGCUAAAAAGCAUAAACAAAUUAGCCAACUCAAAAGAAAUUUUGGCCCAACCAAAAAAUUAACAAUUCUAAACAACAAUAUGCUUGCAGGAUUAUAGCCUGUAUUUUACUGAUUUUUUUAAUGUUGUGUGUUUUUAUAGACCAAAGUUUUUGAAUGGCUCAGUAAAAAUGAAAAAAAAACAUGAAUGGAAAAUGUAAUAUUUGCCAUACAAGCAUUUACCUUAGUAUAGGUGAAUGAAGGGGUUUAAUCCUACAAGCAUUUGCAUGUGUUUCUUAAAUGGAGCACAGUGGAUAACACUGCAUAUUCCAGGUUUGGUUGGCAUUUUGCAGUCAGGCAAAUUAUGAACCCACACUUAAGACAAACAUAAAAAACAAAACAAAACAAAAAAAAAAGGGGAAAAAAAAACAAGAUGCAGAGAGUAAAAAAUCAAAUUUAACAUCUCUGUAGAAUCUUGAUAUCAAUUGAAUGAUAUUAAGUUUUGGUGCAGGAUCAUGAUACAAAAUAUAUUAGUAAACUUGUCAAAAUCUUCACUCGCUGUAAUGCUAUUAAGGGAAUAAACAGAAUCAAUAAACUCAGGGAAGAAUCUUGAACUACAUCAUUCCUUGCUUGCCACGUGACUGUGUUGAUUGAUGUUCUUUGCAGUCAGUGUGCAUGUAUUUGAUCUCUUCUGCAUGUUUUAAAUUGUUUUAAUGGAUGUACCUUCCUGCAAAGAACAAUCAACAGUGAUGAGAAGGAUUUCUUGCAAAAUUUAAGCUGGUUUUCCUUUGUUUAUGAAAAAAAGACCACCCCUGAUCAACUGAACCUCAUUUGUGAAACUUCAGCUACAGUGAAAUCUGACCUUUCAGACUUAAACUGCAGUGUUGGUCAUUAGGAAAGAUUCUUGAAAAAUUAUCAGCAAACCUACCAUAGAUUGGUUAGAUUUGUAAACAAAGGAUGAUAUGUUUUAAAUAUUGUGAGCAAUCCAGCACAUAAUUCUAUUUUCAUUUUUUGUUCUUUUCAAGUAUUGGGAAGUAUACAAGUUUUUAUGAUUUGUUUAUACUUUUGCUACAAACUAAAAAAUUGAAUUUCGCCUGAAUUUGGCAAAGUAACUUGUAUUGAGAGAGAAUUUUUGGUGAAUAUUGAAUUUAUAGAACUAUUCAACAUAACAGUGAACUUUGUCAUUUCCAAUCAAAAAGGGAAAGCAACACUUUUGAAAAUAGAAUUAUUGUUUUAUGCUACAUGGCCAUAGUGUUGUCAAAGCAUUUUCUGGCACUCUUGAGUACUAAGAUUAAACUAUUACAUACGAAGAAAAUAAGAGAAUCAGACAAAGGCCAAACUGUAUUGACUUGUGCCAGUAGACUAGUGUACAUAAUGGUCCUGUAACAUUUUGUGCCUUUUUGUCCUGUAUGUGUGUCGUUUUUGUGUUUGUUGAGUUGGUUAUGUAGUUGGUUUUGAAGAAGUAUGUGAGUCUUUUUGUAUGUUGUGUGUAUUGAUGUGAUAACCCCACUCUCAUGGAAAGCAAAUCAACUUUACAAAUUCCCAUAUCAGCUGAGUGAAAGUUUUGUCUUUGGUCUCCAUUGGUUUAUUAUCAUUAAAAAUUGGUGCCAAUCCAUGUUCAUGAAACUUCUGUUAAAGUAACUCUCAGGUGUGGCUGGGUGCAAUGUCUUUUACCAAACUUUGAAUAUGUUUCUAGACCUUUAUAAUUGUCAACUCUGAUUCUGAAAGGUAUGGUUCAAUUUCAAUGAAGAAUGCUCACUCUAACUAAAGAUAAAGUUUGUGUGAUUUUGGCUUGUUUUAAAUUGACUUUGUUUGAUUUAAACUUUGGGAAGAAAUCUAAUUUAAAAAAAAACAUGAAAAGGUGAAGAAAAUUGAAAGGAAAAAAGCAGAGUGGGUUCUUACUUCAUUGGAUUUAUGCCUUACUUUCAAAAAGGUUUUUCAAAUUAUGCUAUUGCAUGAAUUAAAUGAGUUGGUUAGUUUAAAUUUUGAACAACAGAAAAAAAAAAUUUUUCCUUUGAAAGUAUAGUGGAUUAUUAAAAAAUGCUGGCUUUGGGAAAGAAAGACUAGACGUGCCUGUAUAUAGCAGCCUACAUGUGUGUCUGUGUUCUGUGUCAAGGCACUCAACAUGGCAUAGGUCUUACAAUGUUGCUUCAAUCAUUUUAGGUCCCAAGGUAGUCUCAAAAGUGAUCAGCACUCAAACUAUUGAAACACUGACAAAUGUGCUGAAGCGCAGACCUGUCAUAUGGGACAAUAUUCAUGCAAAUGACUAUGACCAGCGUCGAGUCUUCUUGGGACCUUAUGAUGGAAGGCCAGUAGAGCUAAUCCCCAUGCUCAAUGGAGUACUGACCAAUCCUAACUGUGAGUUUGAAAGUAACUUUAUUGCUGUCCACACUCUUUCUUCAUGGUUGAAAGAUUCCUCACUUAGCACUGCUGAGGAACCUAUGAGUAUUGAUUCAAAGGCAGAGAAGUCAAGUAACUCUAGUGAGCCUAUGGAGGAAGAUCUUCUUGCCAGCAUAGAGAGUGAAGGAAAUGAAAACACCAAUAAAGAAACUGAUCAAGGCACAGCUGAAGAAAAUAGUUCUCCAGAAACAGAUAGUGAAAGUGUCAAGGUAGAGGGAGCUAUGGAAACAGAGAGUGGUACAUCGCUAAGUGAAGCUAAGAGCACCACCAGUCGCAUUGCUUAUAACCCCCAAUCUGCUCUGCGAGAGGCUGUGUCUGCUUGGCUAGAGGAAUUCUCUAAGGUAAAAGCUGCUACUUCCAGAACCUAUGCAAAAAGUGGUGCCUACAGUAUGACGCCAGAGUCCAUGGCAGUUCAGGUGCAAGCCCCUAUGGUAGUACAAGCUACAUCAACUACAAGUGCUACUUCUCCUGUUUGUUCACCCGUAGUGAAUGCCUCACCAAUAAAGGUUGCAAAGGAAAAUAGUAGGAAAAAGCUGGCCACUUCUCCUUCCCCAGGUAUGAAACAUUAGACCAUCUAGAAUCUUAAAAAGGAUUAUGGGUAUUGAGGUAUUCUUACUAGUGUUCACAGGAAAAGUUAAGGAAAAUUUUUUUAAGGUCAUGGAAAAGUCAGUUGACGUUAUGUUCAUUUGAGAAAAUUAGUUUUCUUUGUAAAACUAUCUGGCAAAUCAAGAUUAUACAACCCAUGAUUUAAUGUCAUAAAAGGCUUGAAGAAGCUUUUCAAAUUAAACUUGACAUUAAUGAUGCUUGUCUUCAGUAAAGAAGGCAACAAUUUUUUGAAGGCAAUAUCUCUUUUACUAUUUUUAAAUCAAGGUUUUUCUUUAAUCUUUUAACCUGCACUCCAAAUAUAUGCAUUUAAUUAUCUUUGUAAUUAAAUGGCAGAAACUAAGAUUGAAGAAGUGGUAAAGAAGGAGCAAGAGAUGCCAAUGGAGGUGAUGGAAGUAAAAGAGAAACCUGCAAUAACACCACUGAGUGUUGAGGAUCUACUGUUGUUGGUAGAUUUAUUUUACCUGCCAUACAAUCAUGGUCAAAAGGCUAUGCAGAUUAUUGCUGAUUUUAAAUGGCUUAAGUUCAACGCAAUAAAAGAGGAUUCACAAGAGUUUAUGGAGCUUACUGAGCAAGAACAGAAAUAUAAGGUAUGUAUUAACCACUUAACUCCUUAAGGUGAAUAACAUGAAACCUUUUCCCAAAUGAUAUCUUUACAUUAUCUAGAAAAGAAAUAGUACUCAAAAUUAUUAUGUAGAAGUUGUUGUCUUGAUUCAAAACCAAAUUCACCUAAUGUAAAAACCCGCAGAUAAGCUGCACCCACAGACAAGCUGCACCUUGAAUUUAGCAGCUCAAAUUUCGGAAAAAAAAGUUUUUUGAAAGAAAUCAAAAGAAAUCCAAAGUUGAGUCUUAAGAAGUCUUCUUCAUCCACUGUUCAUUGAACAUAAACUCACUAUUAACAUUGCAACGGAAAAUACUUCAAAUUUUUACCUGCAAUUUUUAGCACUUUAAUAUAAUGAACAUCGUUUCUACCAACUUUGACAUGUGAUUGAUCUUUUUCUGGUAUUUGUUGACAAGAAUUUCUUCAUUCAACACAGUUUUUCCAUAGAUUUUUGCAUAACAACAAGAACAUGAGCGGAACAUUCGAAGCUCAGUAACCAGGCAUUAGAUUGGACGUGAAAAUGUCAACAUUCACAACACCUUUUUCAAAUAUUCCUGCAGAUAAGCUGCACCCCCAAUUUCUAGCAACGAUUUUUGGAAAAAAGGUGCAGCUUAUCUGUAGGUUUUUAUGGUAACUUAUUUACAAGGAUAUUUUUAGCAGCCAGAGGGUAGAAUUAACAAUCAUAUCUUAGGAUUGGGAGUUACAGGGUUUACAAGGAUUGUAGAGAUGGCAGAGCACAACAGUGGUGAUGAAAUUUUUGGUGAAAUAUUCAAUGUGAUUACAAACAUAUACGCUAAUCUGAGCUGUUGAACGUUCUGUCCAGUGACAUGACGAACACAGAAACAAACAUCUUUACCGCCAAGUUCUUCUGUUGCUACAUUUCAGUUAUCAGAAUGGACUGAAAGAGCUGAAAAGUUCCACGAAAUCUGCCGAUCAGUGGGAGAGAUGUUUGUAAGAUUAACAGAAACCUCCAACAGAGCAUUGCUGUAUGACCUCUAUCCAUAUGUAUGGGAUGUCAAGGAAGUCCUACAGUUACUAGACACAUUUGUGAACUGGUUAAGUACAAAGAACAAGAGGAAGAAACAAAAGGGACAGAGCUUUUUCCCUGAGGACCCUGAACCAUGGGUGUUUAGAGGAGGUCUGUGUGGAGAGCUGCAGGUAUGGUGCACAUUUUGAACGAGGAAAAAGAAGUGCAUCUAAUUACUGAUUCCUAUUUUAAUAAUUGUUAGAAAAAAAACUUACUAUGAAAGUGAAAAUCAGUGCACAGUUAUUCAAAGAGUAGAUAUAGCUAUUGAACAGAUUAAUAGCUAUCUAGUGGAUAAAUGUUAACAAAGUGCACAGUACUAUCAACUGGAUAAAGAUUUAUCCAAUGGAUAGUGCUAUCCACCUUUUGAAAAACUAGGCCCAAGCUUUAGUUAAAUUUCAGUUGUACAGUAGUACAAGGUUUUAACCAUAUUUGUUUUAACUACAUUUCUUUGUGUGAAGAGGAAGGAUUCAUGAUGUGUUGCAGCCCUUUUUAAAAAAUCUACAGUAAGCUGACAGUUCAACAGGAUUGGAGCACAUAAUGUACUUUUAUCACCUCUCUUCCCUACGUAUGACUUGCACAUUGAAGACUCGUACCCAAAACAAUUAUUGUUCAAGUGAAUUGCUCAAACUGUCAUGGCAUAUUGUGUCAAUAGAGACUGUUACCAAUUGAUGGAGGACAUGAAGUGUUUAACUUGAGGGCUCCAGAAAUUCCUACCACCUGUAUCUACACCAUCAGACCAUAUCAAGCAGAUGAUGAGGUACAUAAUUGUAUGGACAUUUCUCAGUGAAACAAAUCUCUUCUUUUCCCUAGCCCUUUACACACUGACAUCAGCAUGCAUAUUCCAUGCUGUUCUUUAUACAUUUUCUAAGGUGCUGAAAAGGAAAAUUUGUUUAAUGAUCAAGAGCUUUUUAAGUCAUUUCUUCCAUUCUCAUGACCUUGAUGUUUGAAAUUAGCUGCUUGUCACUCUUAGCGGUUGGAGGAUUAAUGUUACUUGCAACAUUUGAUUUGUGGAGCUUCCACAAGGGUUUUGUGCAGGGUGCAGAAGUGUUGUUGAUAAAUACUCAUGUGUUAAAAUGAACAACCAACAUGUAUUUUUUAAAUUUUUUUUACAUUAAAACAGAAUGAUGGUGCAAUUUGUUGCAUUUGAUUUUUCUUACCAGAAAUCCUUGUAUGAAAUUUGUGUGUCCACAUGUGAUGACUGGGGAGAUGGCCAUGACUUAUUUCCUGACAAACAAUUCAAUAUGGCAGGAGACAGGUCAGUAAUUUAUAGCAGUAAUGUGGUUUUUUCUAUUUUUGUGUAUGUGUGGUUCUCUUGAUAGAAGAUAUAUCUACAGUUUCUUUCCCCCCUGUACUCUUGAAGCCAUGCCAUCAUCCCCUAGAUUUGCUCUCUCUCAGUAGUUUAGUGUGUAACUUCACAUAUCUCUAACUGUGCUAACUUACAAGAACUCCUCUGUGAGAUGUUGAGGUUGCCAGGUCUUUACUGUAAAGAUGAAAAGAGAGUGCCAGCUCCUUUGUGUAUUACCAUCAAGCAGAGGCUUUGUACUGGAUAAACUUUUGACAUCUAUUUGUGAUUUAAGGCUAGACAAACUUCAAACCUGAAAAAUGGUAAAUGUCCUUAGCAUCAGCCAAAAGUUUUUUUUCCCAUCUCUCUCACUCUCUCUCCCUACCUCUCUCUUCUUUAUAGAAAUAAAUUUUUUUGUUAAAAUAAAUUUGAUAUUCAGUGUGCCUAGGGGAGACAAAACAUUGCUUGCUUGCUUGCUUGCUUGCUCGCUUGCUCGCUUGCUCGCUUGCUUGCUUGCUUGCUUGCUUGCUUGCUUGCUUGCUUGCUUGCUUGCUUGCUUGCUUGCUUGCUUGCUUGCUUGCUUGCUUGCUUGCUUGCUUGCUUGCUUGCUUGCUUGUUUGCUUGCUUGCUUGCUUGCUUUUGCUUUUGCUUGCUUGCUUGCUUGCUUGCUUGCUUGCUUGCUUGCUUGCUUGCUUGCUUGCUUGCUUGCUUGCUUGCUUGCUUGCUUGCUUGCUUGCUUGCUCGCUCGCUUGCUUGUUUGUUUGUUUGUUUAUCACCUUUGGAAGCAACAUAACAAUUUAUCUUACUAUCCAAAUGUCCUUUUUUCAGGUUUGUUGGUCCAUAUCUGAAGAUCUGUCCUGAACAUGUGUUUGUAGUGGAAGAUGGUGAUGGCAUUUGUGGUUAUGCAGUAGCAGCUCCUGAUUCCAAACACUUUUAUGAGCAGUUCAAAAAACACUGGCUUCCAGAGGUAUGUAAAAAUUGGACUGCUCACUUGACUUGCCAAUUAAUGAUAAAAUUAAGUAAGCUUUGCAGUACUUGUAAAGUUUGGAUUGUGUUGUCUUACAUUUUCAAGCUUGCCAUUUUCAAUCCAUGUUAGUUUUCCACCUCUUUUUCCAUUCUUGUUCAGUCAUGCACUCCAACUAAACUGGUAUUGUGUUUGUAUCCUUUCUGUUACAUUUAGUUGUGCACAGCACUAGAAGUAACUUGAAUUUUGGGAUAAGACCACAAUGACAUCAGAAUUCAGAAGUAAAUUUCCAUCAAUGAAUACAUGUGUACACUAGUUAAUCAAUUGCCUUGAAAGCAGAGUUACUUUACAGCUUUGAAAACUGAAAUGUACAGUUGUGAAGAAAACAUUUCUUUUUUUAGCUAUUUGAUUUGUUAUUCACUGCUUCUUACAUGUAUGUUAGUCUUUAUGUCAUGCAUCCUGGGUAGGUAAAUAUGUUAUUGCCUGGGAGUGGCGUGACAGUGUGACUUCUUACAUCAUACACCACAUAUGGAAACUACUUUAAUUGAAUUGCCUUUGACUGAGUUGGCUGUCGGGUACUUUGUAACUGCUAUCACUCUCCCUCCUCCACUUCAGUCUCUCAAAUAAUUGAUUUCUCAGGUUUGCAAGAAGUACAAGAUGCCAGCUGGGAAUUCACCAGAGUGGACAUAUGCUGAACAACUUGCCAAUAGCUUGCACAAUCCAAAAAUAUUCCUUCCUGAAGAUGUGUGUUUAAAGUUUGGUGCUCAUGUACAGAUCCAUCUUCUUCCCAGAGCACAGGUACAAAGUUACUUCAUAUUUGAAGGGAAUCCUAAAAGUGAUAGUUAUUUUAGUUGACAUUAAAAAUAAAAAGAGCUCUUCAUGCAUCAGUGAAAUGGGAUAGGUGGUUAACCAUGGAUACAAAGAAUACAGAUUUCAAAAGCUAGUUAGCAGUGCCAUCUGCCAUCUGUCUAACUUGCUAGUACUCUAAUGCUGGAAAUUACAUUUCUGAGCUUCUAAAUUUCAAGUUUUUGCCAGGGAAGCAUUCCCCCAGACCCCUCUUGGGGAAAAGGACCUCACAACCCCCAUUCCAGAAACAACCACCUAUUUCACAAUUGGAAACUGUUUGAGGAAAAGGUCAUUGAAACCCUACACACCUAAUAAGUUCACCAUGGUGACACCUCUACCUCCUUUUUUUUUUUUUUUUUUUUUUCCUGCUAAGGGUGUUUUUCUACUAUUUCCUUCUGAUAGGAUCUUGGUCUUGGAAAGCGGUUGUUAGCUUGUGUUCUUUCUGCACUCAAGGCUGAAGACUGUACUGGUGUGCACUGCGAGAUAGCAACCACAAACAACAAUGCUCUGGACUUCUACACCAAAUUAGGAUUCUAUGCUAUUCCCCUCAAGGAUCCAGCUCCUCCUGACAUGCUUAUCUUUGGUAGAACAUUUUAACAAGAUUUGUUUCGUAAUUGGAUUUAUCAUUGUGAUCUUCUUCUUCUGUGGAAAAGUGGUGUUCUUUGUAUUGAUACUUUGGGGUAGUGAGUUUGCAGGACUAACCAAGAUCUCUUGUAGUUUUAUGUCUCCUAAAUGUAGAUGAUAUUACAAAAAGUUAAAUACCUCAAGUUUUGGUUGUCAUGAACUCUAAGGUUUAAAUUGAUGAAAAUAGUUUUGUGUUGUAUAGUGUAUAGCCAUGGCAACUGUAUCAUAGAGAAAAAUAUCCAAAUAGAGUAUGAAAAUUGAUUGGCCAGAGUUCAAGCUGGUCAGUGCUAUUCAUGACUUAUGUGGGAAAGAAAUUUUGAACAAAUUUCAUUUUUUAUGCAAGAUACAAAGUAUUUAAUGAAUCAAAAUAAGGUUGAUGUGGCCUUUGCUUUCACACAUUUUGAGUGAACCCUUUUACUCCCAAGAUCACAUUAAUUGUUCUUCUUACUGUCUGCCAUACAAUUCUUGUGAUUUUAGUUCUGAGAAUUUGGUAUAAACAAUUCCCUAACUGAAAUUUUUCUCUAUUCCCAACACUUGUCUGCUUGAUAUUGUAUUGAUGUUGUAAGGAGAAAUUCUGUCUUGGUCACUCAUGGGAGUUAAAGGGUUAACUGACAGUUACGUGUAGGAUGCAAGGAUAGACUAAGAGAUAAGGAACUAGAAAUUUCACCUUACUCCUUGCUCAAUAUUCCCAUAUAAGUUGUCGUGGGAAGCAACUUUUGUUUCAGAACCCUUACGGAGUAUAGAGGUUGUUGAUGAAAAUACAUCCUCGGCUUUUUUAAGUCAUAUAGUUUUAGGGACUUGGUGUCCAAACUUAAGCCUAAUUCUUCGACAUCUUCUGUGACGUAGUUAGAAAAAUCUGGGUUAAAUGUCGAUUAAUUUAGUGUACCAGCUGUUGAUCUUUCUAACAAAAGCACAAACCAAAUCUAGAACGGCACAGGUCGUUUAUUUGUGUCAUGAGAAAAAAUACACUAAAAAAGAAAAUGUUUGGUUAAAUGUCUAACUUUGCUUUUGUGAAAGUUAGCAAAUGGUUUUCUGUCACCCUUUGCUUUUUUCAAAGGCACUGUUUGGAGUCAAUUACAGAUAAGGAGUUGAAGGAGUUACCGCGCGGUCAGCGUAUACCCAUUCCUUUUUGCGAAUGUUUUCACUUCUCUGCUGUUUUGCUACUUUGUGUCUGCCUUUGUGAAAGCGUCUUUACGAGUUACCUCUUGAAAUAUCGUGAAGUAACUCUUUCGACUUAGCCCCUUAUCUAAGCGCUCUUGGGGUCGUCACACAGUUCUUCCUCCCCUCGUGGGGAGGAACGACUUCGUGACGGGCUCAAGAAUGUCUACAUUAGUUUAGACUAAUAAUGUCCCUUCUGUACUUUGUCGACGAGUGUUGAGAGAAAAUUUGAAAGACUUAAUACCUCUGCAACAAGAGGCGAGCCUUGUUGUUGUUCCAAUAGUACUUGCGUCUUGUUGAGGCUCGUUCUAAAAGAACGCGCUGAGUCAAUCUCCUUUCCAGGGUCACUUUUCUACUCGCCCUUGGGUUGGAGGAUUGAAAGAGCCUGGGAAGGAGGUUGCGCGUCGCACCUCCUGGCUGUUGGGAGGGAAUUUAGUUUUAUGUCAGCAAGGACUGCAAAAAAACUGUUAUUGCGUCAGUGAUACCAUCGAUGAAAUACUAUUUUACCUUAAGGUGUAAAACUCUAUGCGAAUGGCAGAUGAACAGAAUAAAG